AUGAUGGAAGGCACCCGUUUUAGGCUCAAAGGGUGGCAGCAGGCUGCCGUUGCACUUGGAUCUGCUGUUGGGGCUUUAUUAGAUCCAAGAAGAGCAGAUUUGAUAGCUGCAUUGGGAGAGACAACUGGAAAGCCUGCAUUCGAGAGGGUUCUCGAGAGGAUGAAGAGAAGUCCAGAAGGCAGGGCAAUACUUUUGGAGCGCCCUCGUGUCAUCUCUACUAAUGUGGGACAUGCAUGGGACCUACCACCUAAUACUUUUGGUGCUGCUUAUGCAAAAUUUAUGGGAUCGAGGAAUUUCUCCCCCGAUGAUCGACCACCAGUCCGAUUCAUGGAGACAGAAGAGGAAGCAUACGUUGCUAUGCGUGCGCGUCAAGUGCAUGACUUCUGGCACACCCUGUUUGGACUUCCUACCAAUUUGAUAGGUGAAUCUGCACUUAAGGUUAUAGAAUUUGAACAAAUGCUACUUCCGAUGUGUGCCUUAUCUGUCAUAGGGGGAACUGCAAGGUUCACCGAGAAGCAAAGGAGAUUGUUCUACAAGCAUUACUUCCCAUGGGCCCUUCAGGCAGGUAUACGAUGCUCCGACUUAAUGUGUAUUUAUUACGAACGUCACUUUGAUGAAGACUUGGAAGAUGUUCGGCGAAAAUGGGGAAUCAUUCCCGCUCCUCCUCCUACACUGAAUGCAGCCUGA